AUGACUUUUGACUUGGCAAGAAAAUACUCCGUCAAGGUAUACACUAUUUUCAGCCUUAAAGAUAAUCCUUCUGUAGUAUAUUCGUAUUUUUCCUGUCAAAAUGUAUAUAAGAAAAUAAAGGUCCAUCAGCAGAUUCGGAUUCCCUGUCUGUCACAUUAUCGCGAUAAACUUGGGGUUACUUUUGGCAUAUUGUGCAUUCAAAAUGCCUCUAUAUUUCUAAACUUCGGAAAUAUAGAUAUUACAAAUAGGAAACAAUUUACUAUUUUGAAAACAAGUAUAUAUAUCACAAAACUAUCGGAAAGCUUCUCUGUGGUUACAAAAGAGCAUACUCUAAGAGCCGUGUAUCAGUAA